CCUGAGAUGGGCAAGGUGAUCCGAGCGAACAAGUCUGGGGUGCAGAAGAUUCGUGCCAGGGAGAUUGUUCCAGGCGAUAUCAUUGAAGUCUCAGGUAUGCUUUCCAGUGAGAAAUGUGUUUUGAAGUGGUAGAUUUAAGUUGAUUAUAAUUGUAUAUGAAUUUUGCUGUAUUUUCUCUAUUUGGUUGUGCCAUGUUGGCUCUUUUAGGAUGUGAAAUUCAUCAAUAAAAAUUUG